AUGGUAAACGGACCACGAAAACAUUUAAAGAGACUGAAUGCCCCAAACUCAUGGAUACUUGACAAGUUAGGAGGUACAUUCGCCCCAAGGCCAAGAUGUGGACCACACAAGCUAAGAGAAUGCCUUCCUCUGUGCUUAAUAGUUAGAAGAAAGCUGAGCUUUGCCCAGAACACUAAAGAAGUAUUACACAUUUUAAAUGACAGACUUGUGAAGGUGGAUGGAAAGGUAAGAAAGGACCCAAAGUACCCAGCAGGAGUUAUGGAUGUAGUGAGCUUUGACAAGAUUCAUGAGAACUACAGAUUAUUAUACAACGUAAACAAGAAGUUCUGUCUGCAGCCAAUUACCAAGGAAGAGGCAAAGUUCAAACUUUGCAAAGUACUUAGCAAGAGGCUUGAAGGAAGAAGUAUUCUUACUCUGCACACCAACGACGGAAGAACCAUUAAGUAUGCAGACCCAAGCAUCAAGAUCGGAGACAGCAUUAAAUUCGACUUAGAGUCUGGCGAAGUACAGGGCUUCUACUCUCUUGAGGUUGGAAAGACUGCAUAUGCCUUUAGAGGAAAGAACUUGGGAUGUGUUGGAAUUAUUCGUGAGAUUAAAGUGCACAUCAGUGGAUUCUCUAUUUCCAUUCUGGAGGACUUAAAUGGUAGAAUGUACACCACAAGAACAGACAAUCUUAUGGUUAUUGGAAAUGCAGGUGAGUCUUUAAUCACUCUUCCAAAGGAAAGAGGUAUCAGAACCAAUGCCAUGAUGGACAGUAAUAUGGUCUAUGGUGAGUUCAAAGAAGAAGAAGACUUCGAGGAAGAAAACUCUGUUGAGGAGAGUGAUGAAGAGUAA